AUGACGUCGCCCAUGCAACCCGACUUAUCCACCAUGUGUGCGAACCUGACAUUAGCUGACGUUGAUGAUGAAGAUCUCACCAUCCAGAUAACGGACAAUACUACGCUACAUGCAAAGACUGAUGAUGAGAUUUAUGCUGUUGGCCGGCUUGUUACACAGAAGCCGGUUAGGUUUGCUUUUUUUCAGGAUACGAUGGCCAGGGUCUGGAUGCCAUCUAUGGGGGUCAAUAUGACUGAACUCCAACCCAGGAAAUACUUGUUCCGGUUCUAUCAUGAGAAGGAUAUCUCCCGCGUUAUCACGGAGGGGCCGUGGACUUACGAACAAAACCUGUUGAUUAUGAAGAGGGUUCAACCGGGUGAGGACCCCGAAUCCAUACCUCUUACACAUGCGGAGUUUUGGAUCCAGGUACACUCUCUACCCGUUGGUUUUCGUUCAGAAGUAGUGGUCACGAUGAUUGGUUCUUUCUUGGGUACGCUGAUACAAGUUGAUGAUCGCAAUUUUGAUGGCUUAAUGAGAAUGUUCUAUCGUGUUCGAGUAGCAAUUGAUGUCGCAAAGCCCCUUAAAAAACAGAUGAAACUUAAGAAGGAUAAUGGGGAUUGGGCGUUCAUUGAUUUCAAAUACGAGCGGCUACCCACGUUCUACUUUCUGUGUGGGGUGAUUGGACAUGGAGAUAAAUUCUGCCCUAAAGAUGUUGAUGUCACUGCUGGGAAGCCCUAUGGAGCGUGGAUGAGGGCUGGUUCGUGA